UCUAACUGUCUUGUACUCCACUUUUAAAUAGCAAUUUUUAUCAACAAUCACAUACAGUAGCCCCGGAAAUUCGUGAACUCUCUAUUCCAAUUUUUUCUCGCAGAAUUUUUGCAAUCAAUCAAUAAAUCGGUCUCUAUCUCUCAUAUUUUUGGCUUCACCUCCUUCUCCCACUCAUAAAAAAUGAUUAUACACAUGAAGGAAAUCCUUCGGCAGUCUCAUUUUUCCAGGUGCAACAAAAAUCAGAACGAAAUCGAAAGCUCUCCCUCAUCAAUUUUUAUUGAAUCCAUUGAGUUAGGGUGUACGAUAAAAAUAGAAACAGGUUUCUCGGUUACACCGCGUAACUACGGGGUGACACGCGAGUAGACUAUUGAAAUCUCUACCUCUUGGUACCAUGGUACCCCUUCUGUAUUUACGAUACAUCCUUGAAAUGUCUAAGAAAGAGAGAAAUAAUCUGCAACUAUCGAUUGGGGGACUGUCACGAGGUAAGAAGUUAUUCAGUUUUAUUCGGUCUCAGUGAGGUAUGGUAGCUUCGGCGAAUGGGUGAGUUUGUCCCUCCAGAGGCUGAUUAUUUCUGAUGAAGGAAGUGAUCAAGUAAAUUACCAAAAAAAACCGCACCAUAUUCACUUAUUGUUUUCCAUGAUUUUUCGGAAUUUGUGAGAAUGAACAGGUGAAGAAAUAAUAUUAAUGAAUUCUUGGAGAGUUGAGAGAAUUCUCUGGUGAAAGUACAAAAAUUAUUUGAGGAAAAAAAAUUAUUUAUUUUACCGCAUCGUAAACAACUCCUAGCUUUCAAGAUUUUUACGCUGGCGUUCUAUUGUAUUGGAGUCUGAAUGAGAUUUUUCCAUCUCGCGAAUGUAUUAUUUGUACAGUUCUCGAGGUAAAAGGAUCCCUUGACUUGAAUGACAAAAAGGGCUCGGUGAGACAAAGGGAAUUGCAUCAAAAAUUCGCUUUUAAAGAAUGAGGAGAAUUUCAAAGAAACUCCCAGACGUUCUGAACGCACCUGAUGUUAUUUGUUUUUUAUUAGUCUUGAAAAUCCGAAACGGCCGGGUUAGACUGAUGUUCGAUCCUCAAAGUAUUCAAUUACUUUUCUAGUAUUUUUCUUAAUAAAAAAAACAAAUCGUUCACGUCUCCAUUGAGCGAAGAGAAAGCUCUGAUUUUUUCGAAUUAUCUAAUAUCUCCAAGAGUUCCUUCAACAUUUCCAAUUGUCAGAUCAUUCCUUAGAUAAUUCCCCAUCGACAUCAAAUCUUCACUCUGAUGGGUAUAACAAAUUUAACAACAGAACGUCUCAAACUCUGUUUGACUUCACGAGAACUGAUCAAUUGGGGAGCUGGACGGAAUGCUCGGACACGGUGAAGACAACAGGAAUGUCCAAAGCAGCUCUGGUCAUGCAGAAGACGCAAUUAGUUCAAAGGGCAAUAUUCUUCACUCUGUUCAAUCCCAGACCGAAUAGGACAGGAUACGCUGCUGUCAGAUGUGACACGAAUUUCGAUCUUUCCGGGUCUAAUUACAUAACUAUCAAGUGUAGAGGACAGGGAACCAAUUGGAAAUACAAAAUGUUACUCAGGCACAAGGGGCUCGACAAGAAUGCCGUUGUUUAUGGCCAAGUAUUCACGGCACCUGAAAAUGAAUUUGCAACCAUAAAACUACCCCUCGCUGAAUUCAGGCCCUACUACAGGGGGCAAGAGAGGCCCCUGGAGGAAAACCCCCUGGACACAUCUGCCAUAACGAAUAUUGGUCUGAAAGUGGACAUGGGACCUUACUUACCCGAGAACCAACCAGGUGUGGCUGCAUUGGAAAUUGACUGGAUCAAAGCCACCAAAUGACAACCUCCAUCCAUAUCAGAACGAUAAAUUCUAAAUUAAAAUGUUAAAACGCUUAUACGUGUCACAACAAAAUAACUCCAUCGUUUAUGUGAACAUUACAAAUAAAACAAUUGAUUUUUAUAACA